UGUCAUACUAUUGUGUAUCAGAUCCACUUAUUUUUAAAUUAAUUUUUAAAUGUCAAGUCUUAAUAGUCUUCCUUUAGCCUCUAUUUACUAAUUUAUUGUCACCACAAUGUCACUCUAAACGUGACUGUUAACUAUCAGGAAGUAUUUCCUUCUUUUUCUAUAGAGAACAGAAGAUCUUCAGCAGGAAAUUCAGAUGCUCACUCAGCAAAUGGAAUAACUGUAUCAACUUUAUGAAGAGGUGUUUGUGAAUCAUUCCAACUUGAAGAAAAGUAUAGGGAACAACAAAAGAUCCUUGAAAUACCUGGAAGGAAAAAUUGCUUUUAAUGACAUUUUAAAAGAUUAGACUAUGAAAAAAAGACUUUCCUGAAUUAUAGAGGGAGACAUCAACCUGUUGUGGAAAAGAACGAUCACGUAAAGUCUAGAAAUUCUGAACCAACUCUCUAGCAGGUGAUCCUUGUUAGAAUUUGAGCCCUUAACUCUAUCCAGGACUGGAGGCUGGAGGGACCAUAAGGGGAGCAGGAGGAGAAUGCACAUGGAUUAAGGAGCGAGAACACAGGAAUCCUGGGCUCUCUUUUCCCAACCAGAAGGUUAGGUUGAAAAACAGAGCAGAUGGAGGUCGUUUGUAGCCUACAGCUGCCCUGAAUGAAGCUUCUAGAGUGCUAAAGUGGAAGAACGAGGGACUCCAAGAGAAGGAUUUAAGGAUGGGCCCAUGCACCUGUGGAAUUCAGAUGCUAUGGCAGAGGAGAUCAACACCCUCCAAUUAGCCCUGGGAAUAUUACACUGGCUGACCUGUUAUUAAUAUCUUCUUCUGAGCCAGAAAAGCCAUUAUACUUGCCCACGAAUCUUUGAGAACAUUAUAAUGACCUUUGUGCCUCUUCUUGCAAAGUGUUUUCUCAGCUGUUAUCUCAAGACAUGGAUAUAAAAAAUUCACCAUCUAGCCUUAAUUCUCCUUCCUCCUACAACUGCAGUCAAUCCAUCUUACCCCUGGAGCAUGGCUCUAUAUACAUACCUUCCUCCUAUGUAGAGAGCCACCAUGAAUAUCCAGCCAUGACAUUCUAUAGCCCUGCUGUGAUGAAUUACAGCAUUCCCAGCAAUGUCACUAACUUGGAAGGUGGGCCUGGUCGGCAGACCGCAAGCCCAAAUGUGUUGUGGCCAACACCUGGACACCUUUCUCCUUUAGCAGUCCAUCGCCAGUUAUCACAUCUAUAUGCAGAACCUCAAAAGAGUCCCUGGUGUGAAGCAAGAUCACUAGAACACACCUUACCUGUAAACAGAGAGACAUUGAAAAGGAAGGUUAGUGGGAACCGUUGCACCAGCCCUGUUACUAGUCCAAGUUCAAAGAGGGACGCUCACUUCUGCGCCGUCUGCAGUGAUUACGCGUCGGGAUAUCACUAUGGAGUCUGGUCGUGUGAAGGAUGUAAGGCCUUUUUUAAAAGAAGCAUUCAAGGCCAUAAUGAUUAUAUUUGUCCAGCUACAAAUCAGUGUACAAUCGAUAAAAACCGGCGCAAGAGCUGCCAGGCCUGCCGACUUCGGAAGUGUUAUGAAGUGGGAAUGGUGAAGUGUGGCUCCCGGAGAGAGAGAUGUGGGUACCGCCUUGUGCGGAGACAGAGAAGUGCCGACGAGCAACUGCACUGCGCCAGCAAGGCCAAGAGGAGUGGCAGCCACGUGCCCCUAGUGCGGGAGCUGCUGCUGGACGCCCUGAGUCCCGAGCAGCUGGUGCUCACCCUCCUGGAGGCUGAGCCACCCCAUGUACUGAUCAGCCGCCCCAGCGCGCCCUUCACUGAGGCCUCCAUGAUGAUGUCCCUGACCAAGCUGGCCGACAAGGAGUUGGUACACAUGAUCAGCUGGGCCAAGAAGAUUCCCGGCUUUGUGGAGCUCAGCCUGUUUGACCAAGUGCGGCUCUUGGAGAGCUGUUGGAUGGAGGUGUUAAUGGUGGGGCUGAUGUGGCGCUCAAUUGACCACCCCGGCAAGCUCAUCUUUGCUCCAGAUCUUGUUCUGGACAGGGAUGAGGGGAAAUGCGUAGAAGGAAUUCUGGAAAUCUUUGACAUGCUCCUGGCAACUACUUCAAGGUUUCGAGAGUUAAAACUCCAACACAAAGAGUAUCUCUGUGUCAAGGCCAUGAUCCUGCUCAAUUCCAAUAUGUACCCUCUGGUCACAGCGACCCAGGAUGCUGACAGCAGCCAGAAGCUGGCCCACUUGCUGAACGCUGUGACCGACGCUUUGGUCUGGGUGAUCGCCAAGAGCGGCAUCUCCUCCCAGCAGCAAUCCAUGCGCCUGGCUAACCUCCUGAUGCUCCUGUCCCACGUCAGGCAUGCGAGUAACAAGGGCAUGGAACAUCUGCUCAGCAUGAAGUGCAAAAACGUGGUCCCAGUGUAUGACCUGCUGCUGGAGAUGCUGAAUGCCCACGUGCUUCGCGGGUGCAAGUCCUCCAUCACGGGGUCCGAGUGCAGCCCGGCAGAGGACAGUAAAAACAAAGAGGGCUCCCAGAACCCACAAUCUCAGUGACGCCUGGCCCUGAGGUGAACGGGCCCACAGAGGUCACAGGCUGAAGCGUGAACUCGUGUGUUGGGAGCCUGGGCUUCAUCUUUCUGCUGUGUGGUCCAUCAUUUGGUGAUGGCAGGCUUGGUCUUGUACCAUCCUUCCCUCGCCCUCCCCAACUCCCAGGAGUCAGGGUGAGGAAGCCAUAGUUUUCCUUGUUAGCGGAGGGCACAUUUGAAUGCAGCGUUUCCACACCGAAUGGCCUCAUAGGAUCUCAAUGUGGUAUUCUUACUUUCCAUCUUCCUUCCUUCCCUUUGUGAAACAUCUUAAAGGUUUUGGAAUGAACGGUGGAAAUCUGACUUGGAAGGGCCGUGAAUCAGAGGGGAGAGGAAGUGACCUGCUUACAGGAAGUGGGCUAACCCUUCUUUUGCAGUACACACUACCCUUCCCUUUGAGAGUUGACCUUUGUAUGCUUUUUUCUGGACCACUUGAUUGUAAGAUUGAAAACCCCCAUGACAUCUGCGUACUUACCUCCCAGGCCUGUGGGGACUGAUCAUAUCAUGAUGCUUAUUCUGUCAAAGGCCAGAGGGACUGUAGUCAAGCUGGGAUGUGAGUCAUGUUCUCUCCCUGACCUUGCUGCCAGCUGCACAGAUUUGUCCCUCUUGAUUUGCAUUCACAGAGCCUGCCAAUAAUUUGGGGUAUGUGUAUAUGAACAUGUGAUCAUUUUCAUGGAGAACUGUGGGAGAUACAAAUCUCCCUGCUCCUGGAACUGCCCUUCCUUAAACCUGUUGUCCCAUCGGGCCAGGAUGGGUGCUGGAGAAAGGCCGUGUUUGCAGGAAUGGGGUUCUCUCCCGUGGGUGUGGGUGACAGCCACAGUGUUUCCCUGGGGCACUGUGGAUGCAGUUUCCAUCUUGUACAACCUCAUAAGUAGCAGCCACAACUGCCACAUCAGCUACCCCAAGUAGUCAGGGACACUUUGGGCUGUGGAUGUGCAUGGCAUGCUGUUUUAUGGGUGGAUGAGUAGCUAGGCACCCCAGCGUGUCAGUUCUGGGGCCACACUGUAUAGCCUUGAUGAGUAUACCCCUUGAACAAGACCCAGUUUGUGAACUCUCCUUAAACAGAAAUAUUUAGGGAUAAUUAUUUAUAGCAAGAAAAAAAUUCUUUUACACUUGAGAGCGCUUUUAAAAAUAUUUUCUUAUUGGAAAAUUUAUAUGGUGGGCUGGGUGAAAAAGAAACAGUAAAAGUAUUAGUUCUUAUUCCAAGUGGAACCAUAAACAGGAUAUGAAGAAGGGCACCUCUGAAAUGUCAAAAACACAGUGAAUGUGCAAAAUGAGUAACAGCAUACUUUGAAAGUGAGCAAUUAAAUAAUCAUGUUUCAUUAUUGCAGUAAUGUUUUAAACAAUUACCUUGUGAUGUGAUAUUAAAUAUAUAUUUUUAAAAAGUAUGUUCACUUUGGCUAGCACAUCCUGUAUUUACUAAGUCAUUAGGAAGAUUACAUUCAGUGUUACCAAGACUGGUUUUUGCUAGUAAGACCUUGAAUAAUCUGUAAUUUUGAUAUUGGUGCAAUUUUACUAAAAGUUGAGCUUAGCUGUUUCAGAAACGCUUGGACAAGUACCUAGAGAACACACUGAUGUCUGCGUUCUGAGGCAGUUUGAAGUUAUUCUUAGUGACUCAGUGUUACAGCCUUAGUAAGAUUUAGUACAGGCAGGAUAAGCUUGGUUUCAUAGGAACCAGGGAACCAGUGUUAGUGUCAGCUUGUUUCCUCCUGAUCAGCCUAGAAUGCCCCACUCCCAAUAGAGGGGUUUGGAAGCUGGAGAGUAGGAAGAAAGAGGCAAAAAAGGCAGCCUUCAACAACUCAUUAUGUGCCAGUGAAAUUCUAUUAAAUGUAUUUUUAAAAGAGAUUACCAGGUAACAAAAACAUAAAAAACCAAAAAAAGGCCAGAUGCGGU